UGGCCAGUUGAGUCAUAGGAGGCAGUGUGAUGGGUCCUCCCCUGGCUGGGUGGGAUCAGUGGCUGGACGGAGAGUUCGGCAGGCUCUUGCCUGUCCUGCAUGUCCUUUGCAAUUCCUGGGCCUGCUGGCAGACUCUGUAAUGCAGUGACCUAUGAUGAUGUGCGUAUUGACUUUACUUGGGAAGAGUGGACUUUGCUGGAUCCUUCCCAGAAGAAUCUCUACAAAGAUGUGAUGCUUGAGACCUAUAGGCACCUCACUACUAUAGGAUACAGUUGGGAAGACCAUAAUAUUGAAGAACAUUGUCAAAGUUCUGGAAGACAUGAAAGGCAAGAACUAAGUCAAAAUGGAGAGAGACCUUCUGUACAUACUCAAUAUGUUAAGGCCUUUGCAUUUCCUGGUAAUAUUGAACUGCUUGAAAGAACAAAUACUAGUGAGAAUCCUUAUGAAUGCAAUCAACCUGUUAAAGCCUUUGCAUAUCACAAUCAUCUUCAAAACUGUGAAAAAGUACACACCAAAGAGCAACCCUGUGAAUGUAAUCAGUUUGAUAAAGCCUUUGCAAAAUACAGUCAUCGUCAAAGGCAUGAAAGAACACAUAAUGGAAAGAAACCUUUUGAAUGUGAUUAUUUUGGUAAAGCUAUUGCACAGCACAGUAAUCUUCAAAGUAAUAAAAGAACACAUACUGGGGAGAAACUCUGUGAAUAUAAGCAAUGUAGUCAAGCCUUUGUAUGUCACAGUGCUCUGCAAUGUCAUAUAAGAACACAUCCUGGGGAGAAAUCCUAUGAGUGUAAUCAGUGUGGUAAAACUUUUGCACAUCCCAGUACUCUUCAAGUGCAUAAAAGAAUCCAUACUGGAGAGAAACCUUAUGAAUGUACUCAAUGUGGUAAAGCCUUUGCAGAUCAAAGUACUCUUCAAAGGCAUAAAAGAACACACACUGGAAACAAACCCUUUGAAUGUAAUGAUUGUGGUAAAGUCUUUGCACAAUACAAUAAUCUGUGUAGUCAUAAAAGAAUACAUACUGGGUACAAACCUUAUGAAUGUAAGCAGUGUGGUAAAGCCUUUGCACGAUACAGUCAUCUUCAAAGGCAUGAAAGAACACACUCUGGAGAGAAACCCUAUAAAUGUAAUCAGUGUGGUAAAGCCUUGGCAGAUCAAAAUAGUUUCCGAGUACAUGAAAGAACCCAUACUGGAGAGAAACCCUUUGUAUGUAAUCAAUGUGGUAAAGCCUUUACAAGUCGCAACCGUCUUCAAAUACAUGAAAGAACCCAUACUGGAGAGAAACCCUUUGUAUGUAGUCAGUGUGGUAAAGCCUUUGUAUGUCAGACUGCUCUUCAAAGUCAUAAAAGAACACAUACUGGAGAGAAACCCUAUGAAUGUAAUAAAUGUGGUAAAGCCUUUGCUAAAUACAGUCAUCGUCAAAGGCAUGAAAGAACACAUACUGGAAAGAAACCUUUUGAAUGUAAUGAUUGUGGUAAAGCCUUUGCACAGCAAAGUAAUCUUCGAAAUCAUAAAAGAACACACACUGGGGAGAAACCCUAUGAAUGUAAGCAAUGUGGUAAAGCCUUUGUAUAUAACAGUGCUCUUCAAUGUCAUAUAAGAACACAUACAGGGGAGAAACCCUAUGAAUGUAAUCAGUGUGGUAAAGCCUUUGCACAUCCCAGUACUCUUCAAAUGCAUAAAAGAACCCACACUGGAGAGAAACCAUAUGAAUGUAUCACUUGUGGUAAAGCCUUUACACGUCUCAGUAUUCUUCAUAUUCAUAUAAGAACCCAUACUGGAGAGAAACCCUAUGAAUGCCAUCAAUGUGGUAAAGCCUUUAAAGAUCAAAGUACUCUUCAAAAUCAUAAAAGGACCCAUACUUAAGAGAAACCCUAUUACUGUUAAUGAUUGUGGUAAAAACCUUUGCAUGCCUCAGUACUCUUCAAAUGCAUAAAAUCACAUAAAGAAGCCCUGUGUAUGUAAUCAAUUUGGUAAAGCCUUUGAAUGUCACAGUAGUCUUCAGAGGCAUAAAAAAACACUUAUUGAAGAGGAAACCUAUAAAUUUAAUCAGUGCAGAUGAGCUUUUGAUUGUCACAAUUGUUACUGAAAGUAUGAAAGAAACUAUACUGCAGAGAAACCCUGUUUGUGUAAUUAGUAUGGUUAAUCCUUUCUAUGUCAUAGUACUCUUGAAAUGUCUAAAUGAACACAUACUGGAGAGCAACCCACUGAAUGUAAUCAGUGUGGUAAAGCCUUUGCUCAAAAUUGUG